ACAGCCGAUAUCGCCCUCUGUGGAGGGAGACGCCCUGUGAAAAAUCUCAACCGCGUCGCGUCUAGAGGUAUCACGAUGAGUCGGGUUUCUCACAUACCGUUGUGUUGGACUGUGCGCAAGCUCACAUGCGACGGCUGAGACUUUCGGUCGACUUUUGUGCCACAGAUGAUGGAAGAGAAAUAUUUUGUUCCGUCAAGUCUUCAGUAGACACCGCGUUUCCAAGGAGAGGCUUUUCGGUUCCUUUUUUUUGUUUUAUUUGCUCUUUCUAAAUUCCACUUAACACCUGCGAAAAGAUGUCGAGCCACGCGAGAAAACGCUUGAUUCGUGAUUUUCGCAAGCUACAGACAGAUCCUCCCCAUGGCGUCAACGGAGCGCCGGUCGGCAACGAUAUCAUGAAAUGGAACGCCGUGAUCUUCGGUCCGGAGGAUACGCCGUGGGAGGGAGGCACCUUUCAACUAGAAAUGAUCUUUAGUAACGAAUAUCCGAAUCGGCCUCCGCUAGUCAAGUUCCUGUCAAAACUCUUUCAUCCUAACGUCUAUAAUGAUGGCAACAUCUGCCUCGAUAUUCUUCAAACUCAAUGGAGUCCGAUUUAUGACAUUUCCGCCAUUCUGACAUCUAUCCAAUCAUUGUUAAGUGAUCCAAAUCCAAGCAGCCCUGCUAACCAGGAAGCAGCUCGGUUGUAUGCGGAGAACCGUCGCGAAUACAAUCGCCGCGUUCAACAGUGUGUGAACGAGUCGUGGGCGGCGGUCCCCAGUGAGCCACCCAACGAGACGGCGCAACAGUCCCCCGCUGCCACCUCAAGUCAAACUGCGCCGGCAACGGAUGGUCCCUCUGCUACACAGAGUGGGGCCACAGGUGGACGCUUCGGGUCUGUGGAUGGCGCGUCUGAUCAGCGGCCUGGUGAGCCAACAUUAACGAUAAGAAACUCUGGAGAAGCUCCGUCAUCUCCGCCCCCGCCUGCCGACUCUAUGGCAUGACAGUUCCUUUCCUCGAAUAGUUGAGUCGUGUGUCAGGAGAGAUCGGUAGAGAAUGACCCACUGGGGUAAAGGAGUGCUGUGCAUAAAAACAGUUGUUUUCCAUUCCAGCAGCGGUCUGUCCACGCGAAGUCGGUGGAUGCUGUGAUUUUUGCGAUAUUCGGCUUCGUGACUUAUCAAAGACUUUUCGUGACCCGAACCCGUCAUACGUCAUUUUUUAGCCACUACGGGAAAGCGGCUUCUCUACGUGCCCGUCAUGGAAACGCGGUUCUUCUGUUGGCUGAAUGUUCCACGUGCACACCGCCAAACAGGAGUCGUACCUGCUCGUCAUGCGAGAAAUUUUGGUCAUCUCUCUCAGUGUAACCGGCGACCGGAGAAGUGUGUGGGACUAAUUUUUCGUUAUUCUGGAGACUGACUCAGUAUAGGCAAACUGGAACAGUGAAUCCCAGAUCAAGGACGUGGUGCCAACGAAUACCGUUGGCUACAUUGGAAACGUGGCUUAGACGUUCGCCUUCCGGGGUAUCGAGCGCUUCGCGUUCACACGAGAAAAAUGAAAUAGCGACGUACCUCCUCGAUCACUACGCAUCAUCCUGUGGUCAUUUUCGAGACCAAUUCUCCCUGCGUGGCCCAAAGGCGCGCAAAGAAGAGAGCUUAAACGGGUGUGCACCAUGGCUGUCAACUUCCUAUCGCCGUGCUACAUACUCUGUGAUCCCAUGGUGACACUAGAUAGUGAGUGUGAAACCGGUGGUGGCUGAGUUGUCUGUGAUCUGUCUCGGGCGUCACACAACUGAAAAGCUGCAUAUCGGUUCUAGCAAGUAUCUGAUUAAUGUAUUGAUAGUUUAUAUCGUAUGCGCCGGAUUUCCGUCGACCGGCAGGCUUCCACUUUCCUUUGAUACAUGCCACGGUCGCAAGCGCAUUUCCACUCUUCACCGGUCCCCCUUUAAUGCACCGGCUUCGCAGCGUGUGUUAAGUGUACGUUCUUGACGACCUAGAGGAGCAGUGCUCAGCUGGCCGAGCCGUUGGCCGAUGGCGCUCGCCCGGUCUCUCAACAUGCUUACAGCGCCCCUCCGGUGGCGAAAGAAGCUCUCCGCGCCG